AUGCCGUCUUUCUGCCCCUGGCCGGGGCAAUGCGCCUCGCCACACGAGCCGCUGACUCGUAUCAGCUGCCCCGCACGAGCCGCUCCGCGUGCGCCUCGCACCUCCGGCCGGGCGGGGGCGCCAGCCGCCUCCGCGAGCGCAGGCAGGCUGUGCGCAGGCGCCGCCACGGGUCGCCGAAAGGGAAGUGACGUAGCGCAGGGUGAGAUUCAAAUCUGUGCGUCGCUGCGAGCGGGGAAGCAUAUGAGGAACCCUGUAAGAAUCACUUUUCAAAAGUUGCGAAAGGUCUGCAGGGUCCGUAAGACGGACAGGAGGGUGCCAUGGCAACAAAGCUGCUGGCCAAGAAAACUUGGGCUAAUAAGAAAACGCAGUCAACCAUCCAGCAAUGGCGCCCAAAGAAGACCAGGCGCAAAGCAGUUUUUUUCAUACCUGGUAGUCAUUGACUUUGAAUCCACUUGUUGGAGAGACAAAAAUCACUGCAGCCCGGAAAUAAUUGAAUUCCCUGCUGUACUACUGAACACAUCCAAUGGAAGGAUCGAUUCCGAGUUUCAUACUUACGUGCAACCACAGGAACACCCUACGCUGUCUGAGUUUUGCACUGAGUUAACCGGUAUCAGGCAGAGCCAGGUGGAGGCUGGAGUUCCUCUGAAGAUCUGCUUGUCUCAGUUUAACAAAUGGCUUCAGACACUGCAGCAGGAGGAGAACAUUGUGUUUGUGAACGACUUGGUCAGACCGAGCGACUCUGUUGCUAACCCAUGCACUUUUGUUACCUGGUCAGACUGGGAUCUGGGUGUUUGUCUGCAGUAUGAGUGCAAAAGGAAACAGCUCCACAGACCUGACGCCUUAAACAGCUGGAUUGAUCUCAGGGCGAUGUACAAGAGUUUUUAUAAUCGAAAACCAAAAGGACUGACUGGGGCCUUACAGGACCUUGGGAUUAAAUUUUCAGGAAGAGAGCAUUCAGGUUUGGAUGAUGCCCGGAAUACAGCACAUCUUGCAUGGAGAAUGAUCACAGAUGGGUGUGUGAUGAAAAUCACAAAGUGUCUGGAAAGGGUAAAACCUGAUCCAGGCAACAGAUGUGCCAACAGUGAGGCUGCUAGAGACAACCAUCAUGGAAAUUGUGUUGCCAGAGGUGAAAAUAAUACAGAAGACAGACAAACUAAGAGCGUCCUGGAGCAGGUCUGAUGCUGGCUCUGCUCCCCCUCCUGUCCUGGCCUCACUCGUCAGCGGGAGCAGUAGCGGGAAAGUCACGC